GCGAUCGAUCCACCCCCAUCCACGGCUUCUUCCUCCCUCGGGCGUUCCAUCCCGUUCCCGAAUCUCACUUCGCACUUUUUGAAAAGAAAACACCCCCCAUCUCCGCCUCUCCUCCAGCUGCAACACGCCCGCCGCCGCGCGUAGGUUGAUCCAUCGGCUCCAUUCCGCCCGCGGCGCUGCUGCGAGCUAGCGGCAGCAGGAUGGUGGUCGGUUUCCGCCGCACGAUCUCGUUCCCCGCGCCCAAGUCCGCGCCGGCGGCGGCCUCGGGGUCCAGCGGGAAGUCCGCGGCCGGCGCCGGCUACCGCGUCCGCUCGGCGAGCCUGCCCUGCCGCUUCCACCCUCUGGUGCUCCAGCUCGACGAGGACGUCGCCACCCUGCGCGAUCUGGCGGGGGGUCUAGGUCUGGCGUCGGCGCGCUCCAUCGCGGAGGCCGCGCAGCAGCUGGGCCGGGUGCUGGUGUCGCUCUCCGAGCUGCUCCACCACCCGCAGGCCCAGGAGCCGCUGCGGCGGCUCGGCCGCUCGCCCUUCGCGGAGCGGCUGCUCGACGACUUCCUCCGCCUGGCCGACGCGCACGGCAGCUUCCGCGACGUGCUCGUCGCGCUCACCGCGCUCCAGGCCGAGGCGCGCGCGGCGCUGCGGCGCGAGGACCCGGCGCGCCUCGCGUCCGCCGCGCGCGGGCUUCGCCGCUCCGGCCGCGACCUCCCGCGGAUCGCCUCCUCCGCCCGCGCCGUGGCCGGCAAGGCGCCGCCUCCCGCGCCCGCCGGCCUCCCGUCGGACGCGGCCGCUCUCGCCGCCGCCAUCGUGGACGCGGCCGCCGCCGUCGCGUCUGCGUCGGCCGCGGUCUUCUCCGGCGUGUCCUCGCUGUCCAUCGCCGCCGCCACGGCCCGCGUCGACGUCGUCAGCGCGCCGUGCUGGAUGCCCUCUCCCGCAAGGUUCGCCUCCUCGUCAGCCACGCCAAGAAGCAGCCACCACGUCGUCACCACCAAGCCCUCGUCCAUGCGCAUAUGGUGGGUCGCCGACCUGAUGCGCUGGAUGUCGCGUGCGAAGCGCCGGUCGGCGAACAAGCAGCACGCCGACGACGACGGCUCGUCCGCCAAGCAGCCCCAGCCCGACGCGGCCGUGGUCGAGUUAGACCCUGAGGAGGAGGACCGGAAGGCGGCAUUUGAGCGCAUGGACAACCUCGGACGGUGCAUCGCGGACGUGGAGAACAGCGGCGAGAGCGUCUUCCGGGCCCUCGUCAACACCAGAGUCUCCCUGCUCAACAUUCUCAGCCCAGGCUUCUGAAGAAGAAGAAGAACCCCCAGCCGCUGGAGCCAUCAAGAUUUCUUCUUAUGUGACAUUUGUACAUAGAAAUGGGGAGUUUUGAGAUGACAAUGGUGCCUCCUCUGCCUGUGUUUAGGUUAGCACUGUUAUUACUGGUAGACCAAGAAUUGCAGCCCAAGUGAAAGAGAUCUCCGUUUUGUGUUGCAAA